AUGAACAGAUGUAAGCAAGCAGCUGAACCCAAAAAACGUGGACGACCUCGCAAAAAUCCUUUGAGUGAGAGUUCGUCGACUCGCCAAACUGACAACGUGAACAUAAAUGAAUUUAUAAGCAAACACUUGGAUCGAGUUGCAAAGAAUGGUUUACCUUUGGCUACUGCCAACAAUGGUUUUGAACGUGGCCUGAAGCCGGAUUCGGUGCUUGCAGCUUUCGACGAUGAGGGCCAACGCUAUUUUGCGGUGAAAUUUAAAAACCGCAAAAGUCUUGAAAUUAUUGAGAAUGCUGAGAUGAAGCGACACGCCCGAGCUCUAUUAAUAGAAUAUUAUUUUUCAAAUGUUAAAGUCGAAAACGAUACAACUUUCUUUGACUUGUAUUUUUAGUAAAUGAAUUUGUGAAAUAAAUAUG